AUGGCAGGACCUCGCCUUUCCAGCUGUCCCCUUCUACUCUUGGCCAUGGGGCUUCUAGAAAUGGCUUCUUGUGCUGGUUCUGUGGAAACUGAGAAAAAUGGAAGCAGAAGGAGCCAUGAAAAGAAAUCCCAAUGGAAUGAAUAUCCCACAGGACAGAGAGCAAGCAGCCUCUCCAAUGAUCCGGAAACAAUUACAGGAAAUGCUCACAUUGACCCCAGGGAUGCCUGGAUGUUCUUUAUGAAGCAAUCAAACAAAGGAGCCAACAGCAAACAAAGGAGAAAAAGCAAAUCCCAAAAAAUCAGGUUUGGCAUUCCUGGCCCUCCAGGGCCAGCUGGUCCACCGGGACCUCCUGGAGCUGUGAUCAGUCAGGAGGAGCUGCUGCGGGAAUUCCGGUUGCUGCUUAAAGGAAUAAUCAGGGAAUGGGAAGAGUUUAAUCUGAAAUCCUGUGACAACUGCCAGGAGGAGGAGGAGAGAGACAGGAGAAAAGAGAACUUCUUGGCUCAGAUAACUGGCUCACUGUUGGCAACCAGGGAACAGGGGAGAGUGGAGGCAGCUUUCCACUGCCGGACCCGGAAGAACAUUUCCAUUGAACGACGAUCCCUUAAAGAACUUCAUCUAUACUACAUACCUAAAUCAGGGAAGAUAUUCCAUCGUGGCCUAGGCCUAAACCUUACCAAUGGUCAAUACAAAGCACCUUUAAGUGGAUACUACAUCUUCACUGCUACACUGCAUGUUGCUAACAGGAAUCAUUCAAACAAAAGCCAGCCACGAACCCAGGAUCGCCUGCGCUUGCUUAUCUGUGUUGAGUCACUCUGCCAGCAGAACAUUUCGUUGGAAUCAGUGAGCGGAGUGGACAAGUACAGCAAACUUUUCACUAUUUCAGUCAAUGGAAUUCUCUUCCUGCAGGCUGGCCAAUAUGCUUCAGUUUUUGUUGACAACGCAACAGGAUCACCCCUCACAGUACAAAGAGGGUCAGACUUCAGCGCUGCCUUCUUGGGCCUCUGAUUGGCCCACAGGUGCCCCUCAUUAAGCUAGAAUCCAGCCCUAAGCUAAGUUUGUCCUCUUCAGUCACAUGGGUCUUGACUUCAGAGAGAUGUGUAUGGCACCAGCAAAACUAUAA